AUGCGUGACAGUGCAAGUGAAUGUAAAAGAAGCAUAUCAGUUCUAUUCGUAUUCACGCCCUCCGUGUUUCCCAAACUUAUUAAACAAGCGCUGCUUGGUGCUACAAAGCAACUCCAAUCCGAUCCCGUAUUUUCAAUCGAUCAGUGUCUGUUCAAAAUGUUACACGUCAGGAAUUUGACGAUUGUCGUCGUCGUCGUUUGCGUAAUCUUCCUGGGCUCGUUGGAAGCCAAAUCAACCCAAAGGCCCAAAGUUCCACCGACGAAAUCAUCGAAAGCGGAUACUGCCUUCACCAAACCCGAUCCGAAAGCCGGUGCCAAUGUGACCCGUUGGUACGAACAGGGACUUCCGGGGCUACCUAUCGAGCACCAGUCGUACUACCAGUUCGAUGUGAUGCUUCCGGAUCAGCGUCAGGCCAACUCGCUGCCGACUGCGACCUACCAGAGCCGGCUGUGGCCCGGCGGAAUUGUUCCGUACGUGUUCGGCGAUGAGUUUACCGAACUGGAGCUGUUCCUGUUCAGUCACGCUAUCUGGCAGUUCAAUACGCAAACGUGCGUUCGUUAUGUACCGCGAACCAAUCAGCCUUACUUCGUCACACUGGAACGGAAAGGAACCGGAUGUUGGUCGUACACGGGCCGUUACACCAACAACAAAUGGAACAAGAUAAAUCUGCAACCGCACUGUUUCUCCCAAGGGCCGGGAAUGGUCAUCCACGAGAUGAUGCAUGCCGUCGGUUUCCAUCACGAAUUCAUUCGGCCCGAUCGGGACGAGUACAUCUGGGUGAACAAAAGUGCGACCUUCAGCUGGCCGGCAGUGCAGAGUAACUUUGCCGUCAAAUCGCCUGCCGAAUCCGAAGUUUAUGGUACUUCGUUCGACUACGGCAGUGUGAUGAUGUACUCGAGAUUUGCCGCCGCUGGUGGCAUGGAUCCGACAAUGGUCAAUCUGAAACCAUGGGACUACGAUUUCGGCAACCGCACGGGCUUCAGCUACAAAGAUCUUAUUAGACUGAACUACAUGUACUGCAACGGUACCCAGUGGGACAUCGCCGUCCGUAAGCCCUUCGAGCUACCCAUUCCGCUGGAAAAAGGAGCAACAUCGGUUCCGGAACGUCCAACACCGCCGGCCGUCAUUCCGAAUGAGGAGGCUACUCUCGGAGAUCUUGUGUAUUAAACCUGACUUUCAUCAGGAGCUUCGAAGUUCGUACUUCGAACGAUUGUAAUUGUACGCCAAUAAAAUUAAAGGAAUGCCACAAA